CUUCAGAUCACACAAACAGUCUAAGCCGUCGGAAGCGGCUCUGUUGCAAUUCGAUCGCUCGGCAAAACCUUGAAGGUCGUCUGAAUCGCACUUUGAGGUAGCGACUUCGAGCGAAUCUGUUGACGGGUAAUGAAACUGAAAGCUUCGCGCUUAUUUUUUUUGUGUGUGGCUUUUGAUUGUCCUAAUUGAGAUCUCGUUUUACUGAAUUCUCUCGAGCCAGUAUUGACUUGAGGACUUGUGAUCACUGGAUUGUUUUCAUUUUGUGAAAUGAAAGAAGAUGAUGUUUAGAGUCAUUCGAGUUUCAGUUUUUGUGAUAUAUGCUUGAAGUUUUAGGGCGAAUAUCCUUCCCAUUUUAGCCGGGUUGCUUCAAUUGAGUAGUUCUUGUAGACUGGAGAAUGGUCAGAGUUUGGUAUUGCAGAAUCAAGGCCUUAACAUCCGUAGGUAGUGUUGUUUAUCGUACAUUCUUUGUAAGGGGAACUUGUUCAGUUGAUGGCUACCGUUAGGGUUUUGCCUCACUAGAUAAAAGGGGGUUUGAUUAGCAGUAACAAACCAUUUUCUUAGGUUACUUGGCUACAUGGGAUUCCAACUCAAGCUGUUAGUUGUGCCAUGCGAACAAUGGCUUUGGUCGUUGGUACCAGUGGCAUAAACCUAGUGUCUGGGUUUGUUUGGAUAGUUGAUAUUUGUUUCUGUUGCGGGAAUCAUGGUUGAUUUUCUAGUAGCCAACAUGGCUUCUUUUUCCUGGCUUGUCGAUUUCGUGUUUGUUCAUCGAAAUGAGAUGUUGGCAUGUUCCAGAAACACAAGGAAAUGCAUAUGGUAGUGCAUCAUCCUGUUUGUAGGGAAGAUGCUAAUAGUUUGGUGUGGGGGGGAUCAGGUGAUACUUGCAGACGGUAGGAAUCUUUGUCGUGUUGGAGUUACAAGUUCAUACAAAUGCCUAAUGGGAGAAAUUUGUUUUUUGUUGUGCAUUUCCUCGAUUGAGCUGAAAACCAAGAUAUGUAGCAAUUGCUCUACAAGGUCCAGUUAGGCUGGCUGCAUUCUCAUUAAAUUACUAUGUAGAGGUAGUGUUUGUUUUCAUGCUGGGAAGGAUUACUGUGCAGUUCAUGAUUUGCUGUGUUAGGUUUUUGAGUGUUGCCAUCUUGUGUGAUCCUGAUUAGGGUUUGUCCAAAAGUAGAGUCAUUAAGAGCUUGAGCCUAGGGCUGCUAUUUGUUCACCCUGAAUGAUUGUUUCAUAGCAUCAUUUUAAGUUGUGUCGAUUGUUGGACUAUUUGCUCAUUUUGCUUAGUUGGUUGAAAGAAGUUACACCUAGAUAGCAAAAUAUUCCAUCCUUUUUCCUCUCCUAAUCACCGAUUUACCAUUGUAUUCACAGUCAGGGAGCAACUGAGAUGGAAUUAGCAGAUAGAGCAGUUGGGCUUCUGUUGACUCUCAUCAGCUUAUCUAUCUUUACAUAUUUUACCUUCUGGGUUAUCAUCGUGCCAUUUGUAGACAGCGAUCACUUUGUUCACCAAUAUUUCCUGCCUCUGGAGUAUGCCAUUAUCAUACCGGUAUUCGCUGGUGUAGCCCUUCUCUCCUUACUGUCUCUGUUCGUUGGCUCUGUGAUGCUUAAAUCCAGGAAGAAGAAGAACAAGAAGGCAUGAUUCAGCUUACCUUAUUUCUUUUGUCACUGAUGUAGAGCUGCUAGGAGAAAUUUUUUGGUUUUUACUUCCUUACACGUCGCUCUGGAAUGUGUAUUCUAUUGGCGGGUUCUAACGUUGGUUUUCGACUAUGAGGUAAUAGGUUCAAAUUUUUUAAGUAGCGCCUAACAAUAAAAUUAAAUCGAUGUCACUCUUAUAACAAGUAAUCAUGUCUUCCACACAAUGCAGUCAAAAGCGUGAUUCUACCUAGAAGCGGUUGGGUGACCUAGAAGCGUAAAAUCGUAAGUUUUUAAGUUUUAAAGCGUAGAUUUUGACAACAUGUGUAAGAAAAAAUCACAAUUCUA